AUGGGCGUCCUUCAACAAACCCUCCCUCUCUCGCUCGUCUACUUCUCCCUCGUCGCCCUCUCGGGCCUCAUCCUCGGCUCCAUCCGCGUGCCGUACCUGCACCCGCUGCUGGGCGCGCGGUACGCCGAACUGGUCGAGAUGCCCAUCAUGCUGAUGGUGGUGUGGCAGGCCGCGCAGGUGACGGUGUGGAAUCUCGAGUCGUCGUCUCCGUCGUCCGCGGACCCCAAGACUCGACCCGCGACGACUGCCAAGAAUGGCGGCGGCGGUGGUGGUGGUGACAACAAGAGUCUGACGACCAAGCUCCUCAGUCUCCUGACUUCGCCGCCCCCAACGGCGCUGCUCGUCGGCGCCCUCGCCCUCGUGUGGCUCCUCGCCGCCGAACUGGCCGGCAGCCUGGUCGGACACCUCGUCUCUUCUCGCGCCCCUCAGACCGGGUUCUGGUGGUCGUGGGGCGACGGCGUCGACAUGUACAUUGCCGGGCGGGACGUCGUGUCCUCGGCGCCCGUCUACGCCAUGGUGCUGCUGGCGUAUGCGGUCAUGCCGUGGAUCGCGUGGCGCGCACAGGCCCGCGAAGACGCCGACAAGCUGUUGUGGGAGUUUGACGCCGCGCAGACGGGGGAGGAGGACUACUGUUCGCGGUAG